UAUAGGCUAAUUGUAUUGUAAUAAUAUGAAUGUAUGUGAAUCUAAAUAUUAUUUUUUCUAUUCUAUAUACACAUAUUGAGUGAGAAAUUGUUACAUGAUACUACUUACCUUUUUAUAUUCCAUCUAACUUGACGUCACGAGAAAAAAAAAUAUAAAUCUGUUUUGUCUUGUGCCUGUGUGUAUGUUGAAUUUGACUAUUUAUUAUCUACAUAGAUAAGUGGAAUUUUAAUAUCAAAUUAAUUGCAUAGUUUGCGGAAAGACAAUUUGAAUGAUUUUGCAAUAAUAAGGCUCUAAGUGUGUAGAUUGUGUAUCAUCAACUUACAAUAAUAGUCAUAUGAAGUGUAAAAAUGACAGUUCAUUGUCAAGUUCUUAUUUUCUAUAAGUGAUAAUGUGAUUAUUGAAGUUCAAGACGACGAUAAUUUGAUUAUAAAUUGGGAAUUCAAGCCUCAUUGUGUUAUGGAUACUUCUUUGAUGAAUUUUUAACGCGAAUAAAUAUGAUGAUUGAGGAACAUUCAACAAAUUAUACAAGCAUGAUAAUAAGAAGACGAAAGGAAGUGAUUUAAUUGGAACUGAUUAUAGAACAAGAAAGACAAAAACUUUCAAAUUGAGCUUGUCGAGCUCAUAAUUAAGUGAUUUUAAGAAAUUAGAAAAAAUUAAGAUAACUUUAGAGACAAUGAUGGAGGACGACGAGGAUAAGGAAGACACCAAAAGAAAGUCGAGAAAUCUGAGCGAGAAAAAGCGCCGAGAUCAAUUUAAUUUGUUGGUGAAUGAGCUUAGCUCAAUGGUAUCAACAAAUAGUAGAAAAAUGGAUAAGUCAACAGUUUUAAAGACCACAAUUGCAUUCCUUAAAAAUCACAAUGAAAUUUCAGUCCGUUCAAGAGCGCACGAAAUUCAAGAGAACUGGAAACCAUCAUUCCUGCCAAACGAAGAGUUCACUCAUCUAAUCUUAGAGGCACUCGAUGGCUUCAUCAUUGUUUUUUCAUCAACUGGAAAAAUUUAUUAUACAUCGGAAAGCGUUACAUCACUUCUAGGACAUUUACCUACUGAUCUUUUGAAUAUGACAAUUUAUGAUUUGGUGUUUGAAGAGGAACAGCAAGACAUUUACAAUCUUUUACUAAAUCCACCAAAGACUGUCAUCGAUCCAUUACAAAAUGGAAUCAAUUCUGAGAAUCAAGUUUCGUUUACGUGUCAUGUGAAGCGAGGGACAAUUGACAACAAUCCAACGGCAUCAUUGUCAUAUGAAUAUGUACAAUUUAAUGGAUAUUUUAGAGAUAAUGCUGAUGUUGAUAGUGUAAUCCCAACUAGAUAUAGUGGAUAUUCAGGUGAAGCUGAUACAAGACUAAUAUUUGUUGGUACGGGACGAUUAUUGACACCUCAAUUGAUCCGUGAGAUGUCAAUAGUUGAUACUAAAAGUGAAUUUACCUCACGUCAUAGUCUCGAAUGGAAGUUCCUAUUUCUCGAUCAUCGAGCAUCCCCAAUUAUUGGAUAUUUGCCAUUUGAAGUGCUCGGAACAUCGGGAUAUGACUAUUAUCAUUUUGAUGACCUUGAUCGUGUAGUCACGUGUCAUGAGGCAUUAAUGCAAAAGGGUGAAGGAACGUCAUGUUAUUAUAGAUUCUUAACGAAAGGUCAACAAUGGAUUUGGCUUCAAACACGCUUUUACAUAACUUAUCAUCAAUGGAACUCAAAGCCUGAAUUCGUUGUCUGUACACAUCGAGUUGUUAGUUAUGCUGAUGUUAUGAAGCAAAUGCGUAAAGGCGUUACAACAACACAUAAGGAUAUCGAUGAUAAUGACAGUGCGACAGAGGACAGAAAGGCUCAAUCUACGUCAAUGAUGGCGACAUCACCUUGGAGUUCAAAAAGCUCUAGAGCUUCAAAGUCAUUUGCUCAUACUCAAGAGUCGCCAAGUGUUAAAGUGAAGCGAUCAUAUCAAACAUAUAAACCUGAUUCUGAUUCAACCUCAAUGUCUGCAGAUUCGCCGCUUAGUCAUCAUUCCAUGUUAACACAACAUAGUUCUGUUAGUCAACGAUCAAGAUCUCGUCUAAAUGUACAAAUACCAAAAUUACCAAACCACCAACCGAAUCAACAGCCACAGACACCACAACAAAUUACACCGCAUCAACAAAUUCCUCAAUUCAAUUUACCUCAGGUUCACUCCACAAAUCCAAAUCCACAAGUCCCACAGAAUAUAACUCAAACUCCAGGUCCAAUGACGAUACAUCCGACACCGAUAUCUGGUCCAUUAAUGCCUCAUCAUCACCCGCAUCACCAAAGACCAACGGCGACAACGCAAAUAAUUGGAACUCCAUUUAUUGAUCAGUCACAAUAUAUUACAGCGAUUCCAGUACAGCCAGUUUUAACAGCACCAACAUCCUUUCCAACAUCAGCAACUGUGAUCUCACCAAUAUUACCGCCACCUGAUUAUGUUCAUUCAAAUGUUGUUUUAACACCUGCACAAAAUCAAAUACAAGAUCAUCUGCAGAGAAAGCAUGAAGAACUACAGAAGCUUAUUGUCCAACAGCAGGAUGAGUUGAGGCGAGUCUCAGAGCAAUUGUUUAUGGCACGAUAUGGAAUAUUGCCAUCUAUUGUUAAUGUUACAUUGCCAUUUGUUGCUCCGUUGGAGUCAUCAUCAGCAGAUAAUACGGGUGAGAAUAAUAGAUAUAUAAGUACAUCAUCACAUAUGUCACAACAAUCAUAUCACGAGCAUCAUCACCAAGGACCAGUGAUACAAAAUCAAACAAGUACACAAGUUCACAUCCAGUCAAUAUCACAGAAUCACCAAACUAAUCAGCCACCACCUCAAACUCCACAAAUUAUGCAUCAUCCAAGUAUGAUGCAUCAACAUCAAAUGCCGACUUAUGAUAUGAGCUCACAAAAGUCAAGUAUUUCGAGUCAUAUGGAUCAAUCAAUGGAAUCUGAACAAACAAAUAAUGAUAUUAUGCAAUAUAUGCAGCACCAGAAUAUCAAUCAAUCAAACCAGCCAGCAAAUAUUCAUCAAAUGCCACAGCCACAACAACAACAGCAGCAACAGCAACAAAUCAUGACUAAUGACGAUUUUGAGCUGAUUCCUUUCCAAAUGAUGAAUACACAGGCUCAAAUAUUAUUCUCAAGUGGAAGUAAUAGUGCCAAUAACAAAUGAUUAUGAACUAAACAAGACAUAAAUAUGUGAUUUAUAAUAAACAUAGAAAUUUACGAAUGUCGGGAUCAAUUUUAUUGAUAUUCUCUACAAGAUAUACUAUCCAGUGCAUUUGCAUUUAAGAAAUAAUUAGAAACGAUUUAUAAGUGAAACGAUUUUUUUACCUAAGAACUAAAUGUCUACCUACCUUAAAAUGAAUUAAAUUAAAUUAAACUAGGUUAUCAAUAGAAUGACUUUUUUUUAUAUAUAUAGUCCCAGGAGAUAAAUUGUCAAUUGUGUAAGCAGUGCAAAGAAUAUUUACAUAAAAUGUACAUAAAGAAUAUAAGACAUCAAUAAACCCAAGAAAAUAUGGAAAACUCUGGUGAACUGAACUACUUUCUUCUUAUUUCUGCAAAGUUGAUGUUUUUCAGGUGUCUAUGGACCAAUGAGAAUUACUUGGCGUACAACUGUUGAACGGGAGGCGGAACAACAUAACAAGAAGCUGCAGGAAAUAGCAGCUUUGGCCCAGAAUCGAGUGCGAUUCAAAUGCUUUGUGGACGCACACGUUUCAUAGUGGAGCAAUAGGAACCCAUCAUCAUCAUGGACCAAUGGAAAUAAGUAUGUC